GUUCCCGAGGGCCGCGCGAAUCUACGGCAGGAAUGAGUGUGCAGCGCAGCGCAAUCAAUCAGCCAAUCCAUCGACCCCAUCCAAACCCCGUCCCAAGCCCUCGGGUCAGCCAUGUCUUACUCACCGCAAGUGCCGGCCGAAGGGGCCGAUGGCCCCUCUUUCCGAGGCCGCGAGAAGAACUCAUUUCACCUGCCGAAUGCGCCGGGAAGGGCUACACGAAUCGAGCGUGUUGGAACCGCUCGCAGGCUUUGCAAUCAGCGUAAUGUCUCCCUGCUAGUGUUGGCCCCCGCUGUUCCUCCACCCACACGGACCGACGAUGCAAACGUCCUUGUCAUCAACCGGCGACAGGCUUUUUUUGGGUCCAUUGGGCGCAUUAAACAGCCCGGAAAUGGCGUGGAAGGGCACGGCGAAUACCGUGCGCGGCAAAUAUUGACGCUGCCACGGGGCUACGUACUAUAUGUAGAUGUAGAUGCGAUGUGGGCGUUUUGGGCAACCAGGCCCCGUCCGUGCGCGUCUAUUUGGGGAGAGAUACUCGUCCAAGCCUUUUUUUUUUAUUUCUUUUUUUUUCUAUAAUUCAUUUAAGUGAUGAGUGGGAAAGAGCCGCGGAGUCUGUGGAUCGUCAUUUCUUGGAUUUAAUUCUGUAAAUGAAGAAGGAGGGGGGAGCUCGGGCCCUUGGGGAAAAGGUCGUCGUCGGAACUGUAUGUCACGAGGCGCUCAACAUCUAUCCGCCCUAUGUUUUAUUUUUGGGAAGGGACGAACCGAGAGCCGGGCGUAGGGUGAAGAAGGAGAGCCAACAGGCAGGCGGCAUUCAUUUUGAAUGAAGUGCCACGGGGGGGGGGG